UCUAAAGUAACCCUCCAGUCUUUCCAUGAACGGGAUGAGACCCAGCCUCAGGAGAAUCCCGCUGAUUCAAAGUCGCAGUUUGAGCAGAUUCUGUCAAAGCAAACCGUGAAGAUCAACGUCGUCAGCGACGGCGGCAAAAAAAUCCUCCUCACUUUGACCCGUGAGCUGCUCUCUGCAAUAACGCUGCUUGUGAGCAAGAGACUAGAAAGUGGUGUGCAUGAAAACAAUCCCUUCCUAUUUGCGAUGCCGGUCCCCACAUGCACCAGCCACUGUCAGGGGCAAAAUUGCGUCAACACUUUUGUUGCACGGUGCAACGCGAAGAACCAAGAGAGCCUCAGGUCUGCGUUUUUUCGGAAGCAAAUUCUAAAUAUUUGUCAGAUCCUCUGCCUCGCGGACGAUGAGCUCGACCAGCUCGCCAAGGCGUUGGGUCGAGACAUUCGGACCGAGAGCGAGUACUACCAGACACCGGAGGCGGCUGCAGACAUCGCAAAGAUCUCAAUGCUACUGACGGCAAUGGAGAGUGGAUGUCUGGAGGUAUUUGAAGGAAAAUCUCUUGAAGAAAUUGAGAUUCCAGACGGCGUGGAGCCUGUUGUGGAGCAUGAGACCGGCGAGAACAGCGACGCUGGGGAGGACAUUGAAGAAUCAGAAACUGGUCGUUCAGCAGCUAAGAAGAAAAGCAGAGUUUCUUCCUCGAGGCAAAGUUGGCGAGGCAGGAAGAAGACGCAGGAGAGAGAAAAUGAGCAAACUGAGCUGAAUAACGAGGAAAACAAUAACACAAAUAAUAACACAAAGACAGAAGACAAGUCAGAGGACGGGCCAGGGAAGUGUGAGGAGGCCACACCUGAGGAGACUCGCAGCGAAGUUAACAAAACAAGCGUUUAUUUCAGCAAUGACGGUGACGCGAACGAGGACUUCGGCGUGGACGUGGACACUGACGACGAAGUGAAAAAUUAUGAGAGUGACUUAAAUUUAACAACAAGGGGAAAUGAUGCUUCUUCAAAUCAGCAGCUUGUUGACGGAGACCACGAGGAGAACAUGGAGGAAAAGGAAUCAGAGAAAGAAGAUGAUGCAGAUGAAGAUGAUGCAGAUGAAGCUGAAGACGACUGGAUGGACACUAGCGACUCGUCUUCCUCCGUGAAUACAGACAAGAAGAACAAUGUAUCAUCUGCACUGAGUCGAAUGAAGGAAGUGAAGAUAUUCCUCCCUAAAAUGGACAUUGACAAACUUCAGACUCCAGUCCACGUUUCGCAGUUGUCAUCUUUGGAUAUCAAGUUGCCGGUGAAAGAUCAGCUCAUCAGCGAAGACGAUAAGAGUGACACACCACCUACGCCACCCACAGAACCUACACAACCCACAGAGGAGCCAAGCUGUCCAAAGUCGGCGAACAUGACCUGCUCCCACUGCAAAAAGACCAUGAUGAAGGGACACACAGCUUACCAGAAGAAAGGCUUCCCGGACGUCUUCUGCUCCAAAUCCUGCCUGUUCCAGAUGUUCCUUCACAACAAACCUCCCACCAGGACAUGUCACCACUGUCUCAAGGUGAUAUCUCAGACCCUGGACCUCAUCAUGGCCGCCGUGGACAGUCAAGGAACGAUGAAGGACUUCUGCAGUGUAGCCUGCCUCUGCUCCUUCAAGUGUCCCAAGUCCGUGUCCACUCAGACCCCACGUCCACUCUGCAGCACGUGUAGCAAGUCCUGCACUACCACCCGUGAGCUGACCCUGAACGCGACCGUCCGCAAGUUUUGCAGCGACGUCUGCUUGGAGGGUUUCUGCAAGGGAAACUUUGGCGUCUGCGAGAACUGCAGCUCCACCUGUCGCAGGGAACCGCUCACGCUGAAGCUGGAGGACGCCACCAAAACCGUCUGUUGCGAAGAAUGUCUGGACGAGUACAAAGAGAGAAUCACCACUACUCACCAGUGCACCAUGUGUCACGUCUGUCGACCGGUGUCAGACAUGUUUUACUACAAAACCCUCGAGGGCUCGGUGCGGCUCUUCUGCAGCCGCCAUUGUGUGUCAUCUCACAAGCUACGACCCACAGUUACACCUAAUAUCCAAGGAAAUAAAACCACAGAGGUCACAAAUGGUGCCUCUGCAGCUACGGAGCCGGUCUCCAAACAGAAACACCUCGGGGACUCGUACGUUGUCUGCUCCGAGUGUGGAAAGACGGUGCAGAGAGGACAGACGCUUUACCAGACAGAAAACGCCCUGCAGAUUUAUUGCUCUGCAUCUUGCUUCUCUCAAAGUCAUCCCAACGUCAGAUUAAACACCAAGAAGUGCCACAACUGCUUCCAGGUCAUAACUCGGCCUCACAACAUCAUCAGGGCGCCGGUGGAUGAUUCGGGAACGGUGAAGGAGUUGUGCAGUGACACGUGCCUCUCCUCUGUCAAAGCCAGGAUGAAAGUCUCUUACCCAAGACCACAUCCACAAGUCGAAAAAAUAUGCAAGAUGUGCUCCGGAUCUUCUCUUUGUGAAUUCAAGCUGACCUUGGACGGCGUGGUCCACGGUCUUUGCAGCGAGAGCUGCGUCACCCACUACUACCACAAAGUCAACAACCUGCCGCUCCCCAGGUGUGACGUCUGCAGCUCCCUCUGCCUGGACAGGCGGCUCGUGGUUAAGAUGGAGGACGGCUGUAAAACCGUCUGCAGCGACAGGUGUCUGGUCAUGUUCAAAGAGAAAGUUGAGACUCGCCAGCUCUGCCUCACGUGCCAGACGUUUCACCACAUGUCCGACAUGGUUGAAAAUCAGAACAAAGAGGGAAUCUUGGAUUUCUUCUGCAGCAACAGGUGCAUGCUGGUGUUCACGGCGCCGUCCUUCACUGUGUCAGAAACAAAGAGCCUUUCAUCAGACGGGAUGAAGGACAAGGACGAGACUGAGAGUAAAGAAGUGAAGCCGUUGUUACCAAAAUUAAAGUGUAUUAAAGAAGAGCCCGUCGAUGAGUUCUGCAUCCAGACUGUAUCAGCCUCCACGGUCCCAGACGACAUCAAGCAUGAAGUGAAUGUGGCAAAGGUCGAAUGCACUGAGGAGGAGGAGGAAGAAGAGGAGGUGAAGACCGGUCCCGUUUUCUCUUUAACAGGAGACUCCACGUCCACAGAGUCCUCAACCGCCUACACUGGUUUUCCUACGUCCUGCACCGGCUGCAGCAAGGACCUGAUGGACGAAGACACCGUUUACCAGAGGAAAGACCACGCGGAUAUAUUCUGCUCCACUUCCUGCCUUUUUAAAUUCUGCCAAGCUAAACUGUCCACGUGCAACUUCUGUCUUCGGGAGAUAAUGGAGCCUAAGGACGCCCUCAAAUCCGCGGUGGCCAACGAGGAGACGAAGAAAGUCUUCUGCAGCCAGCCUUGCCUGUCCUCCUUCAACUAUAAGGAAAUGGCGUCCACCAAGAUGCCCAUCGUGCUGCUCUCAUCACAUUCACGAUGCAGCAUGUGCAGCAGAUACUGCAUCAGUAAACAGGAGAUCAUCCAACAGGGCGCCGUCCACAAGAUCUGCAGCGAUCAGUGCUUUUUCCGCUUCUGCAACCUGAACAACUUGUCCGUCUGCGAGAACUGUCACUCCUACUGCGACAAGUCGCUCACAGUCAGGACGGAGGGUGGACACAAAAUGGUCUGCGGCGCAGAGUGUCUGACCCAGUUCAAGCAGAAAAUCAGGACGCCACAGCCGUGUGCGAUGUGCCGCAGCUCGAAGCUGAUGUCAGACAUGGUAGAAAACAAAAACAGUGAAGACGUGGUGGAGUUCUUCUGCACCAGCAGCUGUGCCACGGCCUCCAAGGUCCGGACGGCAUCCGGUGGCCCUUUGAACUGUGACAACUGCGAUAACAUGACGGUGCCAGCGUGUCAUCUCGCCAUGACCGACGCCUCCAUCAGGAACUUCUGCUCUCUGAGUUGUGCCAUGACUUUUAAGGAGAAGAAUGACAAGAAGAAAGACGUGAUCACUGCCUCUAACGAAGCCUCCGACCAAACCGAUGUCCACAAACCAGCAGAGAAGCUGCUGUGUGCUCUGUGCAAGUCUGUCAUCAGAGUGACACCCAGAGUCAUCCAGAACCAGGAGAAAACAACGUUUGUGUGUAGCCUGACCUGUUGUCACGAGUACAAGAUCGUCAACAACAUCACGGGCCCGUGCGAACACUGCAAGAACGAAAGGAUCGUCAGGGACGUCAAAAGGAUCGACGGCAAAGACCGCCGCUUCUGCAGCGAAGGCUGCAAGACGCAGUAUCGGUACGAGCUGGAGAAGACGUGGGGCGGAGCGUGUCGCCCGUGCGCCUACUGCUUCUGCAUCUCCAGGAUCGUGGUGACGGCGCGGGACGAACCCGCAAACAAGGAGUUCUGCUCUGAAGUCUGCUGCACGGAUUACAAGAAGCUCGUCGGCCGCGAGACAAAGUGUGACGCCUGUGGUCUUCACGGGGACCUGAAGAAGACUCUGUCUCUGCUGGGGGGCGUCAAACACUUCUGUGACCUCAAGUGUCUCCUGCACUUCUGCGUCAAAAAGGUCCAGGUGGUGGACGAAGCCUCUCUCUCUUCGCCUCCCGAAGCCGACGACACAUCGGGGUCUUUCCCCGUCAUCGUCAACGUCGUCUCUCUCGCCGGAGCUUUAGCGGAACGACUGAAGUCAAAGAAAGUGGCUGCUGAGAGGAAGAAAGAGUCCGUCGCUGACGUUAAAACAAAAGUUGUUGAACAGAAAGUGACCAAGGAGCUGAAGAAUAAAGCUGUUCUCUGUGCUCCGCUGGUCCACAACAAAGGAGUUUCCUGUUCAGAUCAGAGUUUAGAAACGGAGAAACAAGCUGUCUCUGCAGAGCACGGAGACAAGACGAGUCCUCAGGUCAUCGUCCUGCCGGUGCCGGUCCCGGUCCCGGUGUUCGUCCCUGUACCCAUGAACAUGUACAGCCAGUACACACCAAAACCCGUGGGCCUCCCUGUACCGCUGCCCGUGCCCAUGUUCCUCCCUGAGAAGACGAACGCAGCCCUGGAUGAACGGAUGAACCCCGAAGGGAACAAGAGAGAGGACAAACAUGUCACAGAAGACGAAGAAGCACAAGAGUCGUUAAAGAACGUGGACCGUCCCACCACUCUUCACCUGACUGUGGGGAAAGUCCACAACAAAAACAAGCUGAAUAAAUCUGAAGAGGAGACGUCUCAAAGAAGCAUUUCUCAGAACCUCGCGCCCAAAAUCCCCCAAAAACUGGAGACUCAGUGCGGCGUUGAUGCCUGGAGGAGAUGGAUCCAGUGGAGAGAGUCACAAACCAACAUGGGCCACGUCUCCUCUCACGCUGUGACGUUUAAGGAGGACGUUCUCAGCUGCUCGACGGCUGAACUGAGCAACGGCCUCUGUCUCUUCAUCCACGAGGCGAAGCUUCCAGACGGAGAGUCGUAUUCACCCGACGGCCUCUUCCACCUCUGCCUCAGCAUCCAGCAGUAUUUGUUUGACAACGGUCGGUUUGAGAACAUAUUCAGUGAUCUGGUCUACAGCAGGUUCACCACAGAGUUCACCAACAUCCUGAGACAUUUGAAACAUCCUGUCACAGCCAGCGGUUAUAUCCACUCCCGAGUGGAGGAAGAGUUUCUGUGGGACUGUAAACAGCUGGGGGCGUACUCCCCCAUCGUCCUCCUCAACACUCUGCUCUUCUUCUGCUCCAAGUACUUCGGCUUCACCACGGUGGAGCAGCACCGUCAGCUUUCCUUCAGUCACCUCAAACUCUGCACCAGGACCAACCAGAACAACACCAACACCACCUUCCUGCGCUUCCACCCCCCCACAUCCUUAAACGAGACGGAUGCAGACGGAGUCCCGGCAAAGAGACGUAAGAGAAACGAGGAUGAGGACAGUUUUCUGGAGAUGAUGGAGAACAGACAAAACCCUCUUCGCUGUCCGGUCAGACUUUACGAGUUCUACCUCUCCAAGUGUCCAGACUCGGUGAGGCAGAGAAGCGACGUGUUCUACCUCCACCCAGAUCGCAGGUGUGUUCCCAGCAGCCAUCUGUGGUUCUCGCCGACUCCUCUGGACGCCUCCUCCAUGGAAGCCAUGAUCGUACGAAUCCUCGCCGUCCGAGAGCUGCAGAAGACGGACGAAGGCGCAUGUGUGGACCUGCACUCUGAAUGA